AUGCCAGAAAAGCUGACAAGGAAACAAGGUCUGUUUUCGAGGAGUUCGAGGUAUGCUUCAACAGACUCUUCGCUGCCAGUAAUACUAGUCAGGAACAAGGCUAAUCUUGCAGGAACUGCUGGUUCUUCAGUGUUAAAGCCAAAUUCACGACUGGAUAUUGUAGAUUCAGUGAGCACAUGUGCGCUUAGCACGAAAGGUGUUCGUCCUCUUAUGGAUUCGUUGAAACAAGUCGUGGAGAAUUUGUGCCCAGAUGACGGUGGACCUUGUCUGACUGACACAGAGCUUUUGAGCGAAGCUCGGGAGGAACUGGAGAAUGCUGCAGCUGUCCACGAUGCCGCAUUGUUAUGUGACCACCGUGAACGGGCUCUGGAUAUUUUUAGACAGAUGGCUGGUUCGACCGUUAGCGAGGAGAUUUUGGACAAACUGUUCAGUCAGUUUUGUGUAGGAAAAUAA